AUGACAAGAAGCAUUUCAUCUGUUUCCAGUUUCUUCAAGAGUGCUUCAACGCAGACGUGCAGGAUGACCGUAGUGGCCGGAGAUAACAUGGACGAAACAUCAACUGUCCCAGGGCAUCCUCAGGACACAUAUUCCCCUGACCACGAUGACCAUGAAUGCUGUGAAAGGGUGGUCAUCAACAUCGCUGGGCUGCGCUUUGAAACACAACUCAAAACGCUUGCUCAGUUUCCCGAGACGCUGCUGGGGAACCCAAAGAAGAGAAUGCGUUAUUUUGAUCCUUUGAGAAAUGAGUAUUUCUUUGAUCGGAACCGUCCUAGUUUUGACGCAAUCCUCUACUACUAUCAGUCUGGGGGGCGGUUGAGGAGGCCAGUAAAUGUCCCAUUGGAUAUGUUCUCUGAAGAAAUUAAGUUCUAUGAACUUGGAUAUGAGGCAAUGGAGAGGUUCCGUGAGGAUGAGGGAUUCAUCCGAGAAGAAGAGCGACCCCUGCCCGAACGGGAGUUCCAACGCCAGAUCUGGCUUUUGUUUGAGCACCCUGAGAGCUCAGGGCCAGCCAGAGGAAUUGCCAUAGUAUCUGUUAUGGUCAUUUUAAUUUCCAUUGUCAUUUUCUGUUUGGAGACUUUGCCAGAACUGAAGGAGGACCCUGCAGGGAGAAUACAGACAAUAGGGAACACCACCUUUUACUACAAACCAAACAUCCUUACAGACCCCUUCUUCAUUGUAGAGACCCUCUGUAUAAUCUGGUUCUCAUUUGAACUUAUAGUACGAUUCUUUGCAUGUCCCAGCAAGGCAGCCUUCUUUAAAAACAUGAUGAACACCAUAGAUGUAGUAGCUAUCAUCCCCUACUUCAUUACACUGGGCACAGAGAUGGCAGAAGAACCAGAUGGUAAAGAGGGCAAGGGGGAACAGGCAACAUCACUGGCCAUUCUCAGGGUGAUUCGUCUGGUCAGGGUGUUUAGGAUCUUCAAGUUAUCCAGACAUUCCAAAGGCCUGCAGAUAUUAGGGCAGACCCUAAAAGCUAGUAUGCGAGAGCUUGGAUUGCUUAUCUUCUUCCUCUUCAUUGGUGUCAUCUUGUUUUCGAGUGCUGUAUACUUUGCAGAAGCUGAAGAGGCAGAGUCAUACUUCGAUAGUAUCCCUGAUGCAUUCUGGUGGGCUGUUGUAUCAAUGACUACAGUUGGCUAUGGAGACAUGGUCCCUGUCACUAUAGGGGGCAAAAUUGUAGGCUCUCUUUGUGCAAUCGCUGGUGUGCUGACCAUUGCCCUACCAGUGCCUGUCAUCGUAUCCAACUUCAACUACUUCUACCACAGGGAAACUGAGGGUGAAGAGCAAGCCCAACUUCUGAAUGUGAGUAACCCCAACAUCGCUUCUGACUCCGAUUCCAGCCGCCGCAGCUCCUCAGUUGUCAGCAAGUCUGAGUACAUGGAAAUCGAUGGAGACAUGAACAACAGCAUGGACAACUUCAGAGAGGCCAACCUUAGAACUGGCAACUGCACAAUAACUAACCAAAAUUGUGUUAACAAAAGUAAGCUGCUAACUGAUGUUUAG